AUGUCGUUUCCAUUUUUGCGUAGAACUUCGAUGGGUGUGAGUAUGGACAGUGGUAACACGUCCUUAUUACACUUUGGCGACAUAAUUUCGCUCUACACUGAGGAAAAUGUUGAUCUGCGGGGAUUUCUGAGCACAUUAGGAUUGGUCGACGAUCGAUGUAUAGUAGAAUUGCGAGAUGGUCGGCCAGAGAGUCCUCCGAAGAAGUUUCGAGAUUGUUUGUUCAAAGUCUGUCCAGUGAAUAGAUAUGCUGCACAAAAACAAUUCUGGACAGAACAAAAGCGAUUCCUCAGCGGUGAAUCCACAUUUGAUGACGAUAUGAUGAAUAAACUACGCAUAGCUGCAGAAAAGGAAAAAGAACAAAAUGAGCUAGAAUUCCGGAAAACACAAGGGAAUGUUAUACAGUAUGGUACCACAGUUCAGCUCUUACAUGUAAAGUCCGACAAAUACGUUACUGUGCAGAAGAAUUCACCAGCAAAAUGUGAAAGGAACGCGAUGAAGGUCUAUCUUGAUCGAGCUGGCAAUGAAGGAAGCUGGUUUAUCAUUGAACCAGCUUAUAAACAUUACGUUAUAGGAGACAGCGUCGCAGCUGGCAACAAGAUUUCUUUGAUACCGUACUCAGUAAAUAAUCAGCCUUCGGCGGGACACGUGAAACAUCAGCUUCACCUGAGCCACUGUCUUCUCAAGGAUCACUCGACAGCAGCUGAAGUGAACUGUUUGAACGAGUGCACAGAAUGGCAAGUGUACAUGUUUCUACUAUUCAACGAGAACCAGCCGGAUAUUGUGAAAUCGGGAGAUGUGGUUCGUCUUUUUCACGCAGACCAGCAGACUUUCCUCACCUUAGACUCCGUACCAAAGACCUGCCCUCCUCAGGAUGUGGUCUUUCUGAGAAUGACAAAUAGACCAUCGGCAGCAGAUGCGACAAGCUCGAGAGCGCUUUGGGAAGUGCAGGUAGUUCAAAAAGACGCGUAUCGAGGUGGAGCUGCAAAAUGGCGCGAAUACUAUCGUUUCAAACAUCUGGCCACGGAUAUGUAUUUAACAGCUGUUCCGGCUACAUCUCCGGUAAAACCGGCGGCAAACGGAAGGAGAGCAAGUCUUAUGCAUAUGAAGACGAAAGCCGAAUUCCUUGCACCGCCCACACUUUACGCUGAUGGACCAGAAAGCACUGAAGAAACUAGCUCUUCCACGUACUUUCUCGUUCCCGUCAAAUCUGAUUUCCCAGAAGCCGAUAGGAAACUGCUUUUUUCUCUGGAUCCUGGCACAAUGCCAAAGAACAAGGAUGUGCCUACUAAGUCCUACGUCCGCCUACAGCACGAUGCAACAAAUACUUGGGUGCAUGCGACAAAUGCUAGUGAGAAGCAGAACUUAUACUACAGCAGCAAAAACGAAAAAGGGUGGGUUCGAGUUAUUUGUGAAAACAGCCGGGUGGACAAAGAAACUUUUGCCCUCCUGCCAGUAUCACCUAAUGAGGUUCGAGAUCUGGACUUCGCAAACGACGCUUGCAGAGCAUUGCGGAACUUUAUACGUCACAUCAAAAGCGGUGAUCCAGUCACGAAAGAGUUGAUCAAUGUCACAAUACAACUUCUAAUUGAAUGUAUCUAUUUCGUCACGAACACCGCCAAUCAUAUGAUGGAUCCGCUUCAAAUCAAUGAUUUCUCACCAUCCAGAGAUCGUCAAAAGUUGUUAAGAGAGCAGGAAGUGCUCGAUCAGGUAUUCCAACUUCUGAAAGCACCGUUUAUGCCUCGACAAGGCGUCACUGAGAUUGGGCCAUUGUUGAGUUCACCGUCGGAUCUCAGUGAGCAACGUAAUGAAGUGUUUAAGACAAUGUUUCAGUUAUGUUACAGUUUGUUGAGGUACUCUCAAGUCAGUUAUCGAAAGAACCAGGAAUUUCUUGCGGAGAAGUUUGGACAGAUACAAGAACAAAUAGGAUUUGAUCUACUCGCCGAGGACACCAUGACGGCGGUACUGCACAACAAUCCAAAACUACUCGAGAAAUACGUGAAGACGCCGCACAUCGAGCGUUUCGUCGAACUUGUUCGAAAUAAUCGUCUCGGAAAGUUUCUCGACUAUCUGGCCGAUUUAUGCGUUUGUCGUGGUGAGGCGAACAAAAAAGUCCAGGAAUUGAUUUGCAACUCAGUGCUCAGCGAGAGGCAUCGUGAUAUUUUCAUGGAAACAAAGCUGAUCAACAACGAAGUUAAUAUUGGUUGGAUGGGUCAGCAGCUUCGAAGUCUAGUAGAACUCGCCGAAACGGCCACUUACAGCACAGCAGAUGCAGAAUUUCUGGAUUACUACCGACAUCAGUUAGAUCUACUUGCUCAAAUGUGUCAGGAACAACAGUACCUGGCAAUAGAUCCGCCACCGGAACGAAAAUUGCUGAACAUCUCCCAGCAGCUUCCAGCAGAGCUUGUUCUGAAAUGUAUGUCCGAUGCAAGACUACCAUGUGAAGUUCGGGCGUCGUUCACACGUCUAAUGCUUCACUUACAUGUAGUUCGCGGAAGUCCACUAAGUGCUAUACGACAUGCUCGACUAUGGGCCGAUAUUCCGAACGAGGUCAAAGUGCAAUCUUAUAAGACCACAUCUGUCGAAGGGUAUAGUGAUGGUGGACGAGUUCGAGUUGGAGACGAGUUCGCGAUUAAUGUGUUGAAUACUGUCGAAAAUUACUUGGACUCGUUGAGAAACAGUCAUCCAUCUGGCCCGGUACUGCAAAAGGAUGCAGCAAGUGUUUCUGUCAACAAACUCACACACGAGAUGGUGACCCUAGCAAAAGCUCUGGCUCAGUUUGGUUACUACACCUUUGACAAUCUGCUUACUCUCACCGAAAAUCUUCUGAACAUUGUUGACAAUAGCCCACAUAGCGCACAAACAGCUCGAACUGUAUCUCACGGUAUGACAAUGAUACAUCGUGUAACUCAAUCCAUGAUUGGUGGAAGAUCAAGAGUUAUGAAUGGACCAUCAAAAAGUACUGAGAAGACCACCAUAGAAGAUACCGCAAAAGCAAAAGAAAGUCGGCAGCUGCUGGUGAAGACAAAACUUAUAGUGGCUGAAAUACUGCAGUUUGUCAUGGAUGUCCGUCGGGACUAUCGCAUUACUAUGGCACUGUCAUGGUUCAAGCAGAAUUUUCCAUGCGAUGAACAUGGUGUGUUAAAUCAAACUGCAAAUAUCAAUGAACGUAUGGCACAUGAAUUAUACGAAGCCAUCUAUCAAUCGUCAGGACACGAGCUGCACCUGGAUGGGGGCGAUGGACAACUGUUACUGGCAAUCCUUAUGCAGAUGACAAUGUCCGACUAUCCCCCACUUACCAGCAUAGCACUAAAAGUGCUAUUCCGACAUUUCACCCAAUAUCAGGAGCUCCUCGAGGAUUUGAAGCAGGUUCAAUUGUUGGUGUCGUCAGACGACGUGGAGAACUAUCGCCAAGUGGAUCGGGACUUGUUCAUUUUGAAAAAUUUGACAGAAAAAUCCGAGCUGUGGGUGCACGGCGAUCGGCACCAUUCCGUUGAAGGCAAAGAUCAUGAUAAGGAUGACAGGACUACACUGACAAUGGAUCGAAUAGUCAAUCUCAUCCAUCACGUACAUGAUUGGCGCGAUAAAGCAAACGAAUGGUUGAGAACCAAAAUGGAUUUUGAAGAACAUGAACUGGUUACGCCUAAAGGAUUUGGAACGGAUGAAAGUCUGAAGGCCGUGGUGGACAUUAUUGAUGAACAUUAUCCAACUAGUCGUAAAGAUUGUUUGAGGCUCUUGAACCAGUUAUUAAUUAGCGAAGACCGUAACCUUGCCUCCGCUGCGCUACAAGAAAUCAGCGACCGCACCCCGCUGAUAGCUUAUCCGUUAAUUCGUCAAAUCCUUGUUCGCCUCAAAAAGCUUUGCUAUAAGAAAGAUCGCCCAGAUGGAAUGAAUCAACAAUUGCUGAAAAAUAUGCGCGUCUACGAAGUUGUGCUUGAAUUUUUGAGCAUUCCAUACGACAAGAAAAAUGACACAGAAAUGCCACGAUUGAUCACCUUAUCGCAUGAAUUCCUUCGUAGUUUUUGUAAGGGGAACAAAGAGAAUCAAAGUCGAUUGCAUAAGUUUAUCUCCAUAGAAAAGGAUGCCAAAGAGGGUACUUUAAAGGUGGAAACGGUAGAGGAGGCUGCCACCUUAGUAGCAAUUUUCCGAAACAAUCGUGAACUUGCUGCGAACGUCUCCGAGGAUCUUAUUGCGCAUAUUGUGAAUCUUAUCGAGCACAAGUCGCGGAACGCAGUAUUCUUGGAGCUACUUCAAUCGUUGGUAUGCAUCCACGAAAAAGAGAUCGAAACAAGUCAGGACAAAGUCGCUACAGAAAUUUGUGCUGCUUCUGAUGAAGUUCGUGCUCUCUACGUCGACAAUGCAUCAUUCGAACAACUUGAGCAAAUGAUGCAGCAGGCUCCGCCUUAUUUGGACAACACGCAUCCAUUGAAAUAUCAUAUUGAAUUAGUUAGGUUGCUCGCAUUGUGUACGCGUGGGAAGAACGGUAGCACAGAGCUGAAAUGCGCUUCUGAGAUUCCAAUGGAUCACAUUGUACGAGUUGUCACAUCUCCAUCAUGUCUAAUAGAGGUGAAAAUGGCGUAUUUCCAAUUUCUCCUUCACUGCUACAUUGACACCGAUGCGGAAAUGAAAGAUGCAUACAAACCGGAGUAUGUCGACUCACUUUUGCAUAAUAUGCUGGAGGAUGUUCAGAAACUUCAAAGCGAACUCUCAAAAAUGACUCCGCAUUCAAGUUGUGCAAUAUUGGAACAAUAUGUCUGCCUCACUGUCACCGAAAUCCUACUGAAAUUCUUCGAGAAGCCGUACAGUGAACAAGCAAAGGUUGACAUUCAUGCACAUAAGAAGAUGUUCACUGCUCUGCUUCAACAUCUGAGCAUGCUUCAUGCUGGUAGUUUGAAGAGGUCACAAUCACCAAAGCAUUGGUACCGUGUUGACCAAUGUAUUAAAAGAUUGCGAAAAUGGGCCGAAGAAAACAACAUUGCCUUACCAGCAAGUGUCAUUAUGCCGCCUUUCACUUCUACACCAACCGUGAAGCAACGCUGGCAAUGUGCAGCGAAUUCGGCGAGAUUUAUUGGACAGCAAACGCUGAACAUGAAAAAUCGCGCCAACUCACUGAUGAUGCCCGGUUUUUCAUCGACGAUCAACCAGAACGAGAAGGUGGCAAACGUCGUCACAUGCUACCAUAUGAUGAUUGGUGAAUUCAAAUUCUACCUUCUACCUCUGCAUUCAGCCGAAGGAAGUGUUCUAGUCGAUGUAUUACAUACGCCUGAUCUGCUGUUCCCGGUAGGGUCAGCUCUGCGAGAUAAGUGCGCCAAAGGUGGUGUAGUAACAAAGCUAAUUCAACACUGCAAGACUUUGAUGCAAAAUAAACAAGACAAUCUUUGCACUCGUGUUCUGCAAACGUUAUGUCGAAUGUGUAACGGAUCAAGGCAGAACCUCAGCGAUCAGAAAGGGCGAUUUUCGAUGCGCAGCCAUCGACUGGGUCAAAAGCUACGCUCUAAACUGCUGCACAGAUAUUUCGGGACACAUGGGUAUCUAGACGGGCACUCCGUGGAUGCAAGUGGAGCAGAUGGGAUCAAAUCCCCCAGCCAAUCUGAAAAAGAGUACGAGAUUGCAUUGGAGGAACGUUCGUUGUACGAUAUCCAAUGCCGCCUUAACGAUGCGGGUGCGUCCGACCUCGUCAUUGACAUUAUCAUCAACGAGCCGAGCCGUGAAAUCUUCCUCAAGGCCAUACAACUUGGAAAAGCGUUACUUUUAGAAGGGAAUGAUAAGGUGCAACAAUCGUUCUAUAAUCGCUUAAAGAAGAAAGACACUCACGAGCCCUUCUUCAAAGCACUUUCGCAACGGAUUCAAACCGCACAAAAUCGCCUGAAAAGCGAUAUGAUGUCAUGCAAUGAAAAUAAGCCUAAAGGAGCGUUCUCAGCUAAUGCGAGUAGAAGAUAUUCUUCUGUGUAUAACGUGUUUUCUGUCCUGCUCCACCACAAGUCCAAACAGCAGCUGGCAGAAGCAAAGAAGCAAGUUCUCUUAUCGCCAACAAGUACCAGAUUCAAUGGGACUAGUGCUUCAACCGUGCUAACUCCUGUGCUUGAACAUGGAACUCAUUUACCGUUCCCUGGAGCGCUUUUCAAUGUCAAUCACAUGAGACAUCCGUCUUUGUCAGAAAUCUCCAAUCACUCACAUGACUUGACAAACAGUGUUCCAGACCUUUCUCCGUAUCAAGACGAUGAGAGGACUAAUGAUGCUCUUCCACCGGAAGUUGCUAUAAUCGAACCAAUUCUGCGAGUUCUUCAACUGUUGUGUGAGAAUCAUAACAGUCUUCUACAGAACUUUAUUCGAAAACAGUCGGAUCGUGCUAAUCACAAUCUUGUAGCGGAAACACUCAGCUUCUUGGAUACUGUAUGUGGAUCGACAAAAGGAAGCCUUGGCGUUUUUGGUGAGAUUGGCGAGCAUAACUUCAGUCUUAUCACUCAAACACUGGCUACACUGACGGAAUUCUGUCAGGGACCAUGUCACGAGAAUCAAAACACAAUGGCUAUGCAGGAAAAUGGUCUGAAUAUUAUCAUUUCGUUGGUGCUUAAUGACAUAAAACCACUUGCUGAUGACCACAUGGAACUGGCACUGGAAAUCAAAAGUCAGGCGUCAAAACUGCUCCUGGCCAUCAUGGAAUCACGACAUGACGGUGAAAAUGCUGAGCGCGUGCUUCAGAAUAUGGACAAUACUGAUGGAGGUCCUCGCCAACUGGUGCAUGCUAUUACUCAAGCUUACGAAAUGGCACACUCGAAGCAGUAUGAAAUUAGUAUUAUGAAAAAGGAGCUGCUACAGAGGGGCACUUUUCAAGAUCAUUCGAGAAAUGUUGUUAGCCCAUUGAUAAAAACCGAAGGAGUUACUUUACCUGAAAUCUCCGUGGACGCUUCCGGUACUGUGUCCAUACACGAUGAUUCGAAAUCCGAGGUGAAAUAUGUGUCUGAAGAAGCAUCAAGUGUUGAUCCAAAGGAGGUGGGGCAUAACGUCUAUAUCCUCGCUCAUCAAUUGGCUAGACAUAGUCCAGAACUGGCUCAAUAUCUUGACCCAGAUGACGAAAAGAAAUCCGCCAAAACGAGGAACGCCCUCAACUUCUAUAAAAAGCACACAGCACAUAUCGAGAUUGUUCGCCAGGAUCGCACUUUGGAACGUGUCGUAUUUCCAAUACAUGAAGUUUGCUCGUUCCUUACAAAAGAAACGAAACAAAAUGUAUAUAACAAUACUGAACGAGAUAACCAGGGAUCAAAGGUGACUGAGUUUUUCGAUCAAUGGCCUGCUCUUUACCAGGAGAUGAAGUGGCAACGCAAACUUCAAGAUCGACCAUAUCUGUCGGCAUGUACCCAGCGCCUUCGACUUUGGGGUCGUCUAGCUUUUCUAUUUGCUGUUCUAGUCAACACCAUUAUUGCUUUGUAUUAUCCAUUUGAAACAGCUAAUACGGGUCUUUACGUGUCUAAUCCUUUCAUGUACACAUCAAUGGUGAUUUCUGUAAUAUUUCUGUAUUCACAAUGGGACGAGAACUCAUCUUUGGCCAAGAGUUCGAAUAUAAUUACGGCAAUAGCUGCUGUGAUGUUCAGUGUGGCAAUAUUGCUAAUUUCGCUUCUCGGUGUAGUACCAGCUCUUUAUCUAAUAGGACUGGCACAGUUGGCUAACAAGUGCGUUCACCUCGUGGCAUACGCUAGCAAUAAAGGUUUAGAAGAUAAAUCAUGGUCUGUUCGGCUAUCCGAUGGCGAAUUGCACUACCACAUCGCCUAUCUUGUUGUUUGUUGCUCAGGUCUAAUUAUACACCCGAUGCUUUAUUGUCUGUUGCUGUUCGAUAUCGUCGCUAGCGAAGAGACUCUUAGAAAUGUGAUCAGUUCAGUCACAAGAAAUUGGCAGUCCAUUAUCCUUACCGGCCUGCUGGCGUUAAUUUUAGUCUAUGUAUUUUCAAUCAUUGGCUACAUUUUCUUCCAAAAGGACUUCGUUCGUGAAGUGGACUUGCUUGAAUCUGAUCCACCGGUGUCGUUGUUUGUGAAAAAUCCGGAUCCAGAAGCUUGUCCUGCGAACGGUGACUGUCCCCCUCCUGCAUCUGGACAAAUCACCGUGAUUGAAGGAAAGAAAGAAAAUGAAGAAGAUAGUAAGAUCGCUUCAUGUGAAACUUUACGAAUGUGUAUAAUCACAACACUAAAUUGGGGACUACGGAAUGGCGGUGGUAUUGGUGAUGUUUUGAGGAGUGUUGGUCCUGAGGAGAACCUUUUCUAUUACCGGAUUAUCUACGAUUUGUCUUUCUUCGUUGUUCUUAUCGUCAUUGUUUUAAAUCUUAUUUUUGGUGUCAUUAUCGACACAUUUGGAGAUUUGAGGACGGAAAAGAAUGAUAAGGAAGAUGUGUUGAAGAACAGUUGCUUUAUAUGUGGAUUGGAGCGCGGGAAGUUCGACAAUCGUUCGGUGACCUUCGAAGAUCAUCAAGCUGAAGAACACAACCUUUGGCACUAUCUAUACUUCAUCGUAUGGUUACAGAUCAAGGAUGAGACAGAAUUUACGGGUCCAGAAAGCUAUGUAGCACAAUGUAUCAAAGACCGUAACCUCGAUUGGUUUCCGCGCAUGCAAGCGAUAUCGUUGCAAGAUGGUGACAGUGAAACUGAUCAACCUGAAAUCGCAGCGAUACGCGAACAGCUACGGGUUCAAAAUCAAGCUAUUCGGGAGCUGACAGCAACGAUAGACGACCUUAGACAGUUCAUACUCGAGUUGAGAGGAUAG